AAAAAAAAAAAAAAAGGCUGAACGAAGGAAUUGAAAGGGGAAAAACAAAACAGAGACGUAAUACUCCGUAACAUACUCUUCUCUCUCUUCUACAAUCUCAAAGUCACGGAUUUCGCCAUUCGCUACACUGACACCGCGGAUCCGCUGUCGCCUACCGCCGCACCGCCCCGCCCCGUCGGCCUCCGCACCUUCCAGCCACCUCCGUCCGCAUAGCCGCACUCCAUUCCUACAGCUUUCUUGUGUGCCCUUCGACUUAAUUGAUUUUUAAGUUUUUAAUUUCGUAUUAAACACUAAUUGUUGAAUUGUUGGCUUGAUUUUGUUCUUAAUUGAGUUUUUUAUGUUAUUUAAUCUAGUCAAUUAGUGUGUAUGUUCUUUGAAAUUGUUGAUAUGUUAUUAAAUUUAUCAAAUUAGGGAGUUAGGGUUUCUGAUUUUUUUAGGAAUUGAUAAUAUUGAAUUGCUGAUUUUUUUUUUUUUGAAAUUGAUAUUAUGAAUUGGCAAUGGGCUAGUAAAAUUGAUGAUUUCAUAUUUUAUCUAUGAAAUUAAGGGGGUUAAGAUUUAAGAACUUAGGGUUUCUGAUUUUUGUUUUGGAAUUGAUUAGUUUAGAUAAUUGCUUUUCUGAUUUUUUUGAAAUUGAUAUAAGUAGUGGUCAAUUGGAUAUAGUGAUUAGUGAUUUUGAAUAAUUGCCUUGAAUCUGUAUAUGUUCAGUGCUAAGCUCACUAUUAGUGUUUUAGCUAUACUUAAUUAUCAAGUUAGUGUGUAUAAUUAACUUGGAUUUUUGAAGCAAUUGUGGUUUGCUUAAUCUAAUUGAUAAUGUAACUUAAUUUUCAGAAUGAAAAGAAAAAAAAUGUGCGAUAUCACAAGUUUCUUUGGUCCGAAAAAUCCCCCUCCACAAAAUUCUCCUCCAAAUGUUGAAUGUUGAAUGAUUGUUUGGUUACUUAUAUAGAGAGAGACAUGUUUUUGAAUGUUGACAUAAAUGAUAUUCUAGAUCAAUAUUAAAACAUGAAAACUCGUAGAGAGUAAUUGUAAUUUCUUUUAUUUGGUUGUAGUAUGGAUAUUUAUUACUUUUGGAAUGUUAUUUUUUUUAAAAUAAUAAUUAUUAGCUUUUAUAAUAUUCUUGCAUUAAUUAUUGAUUAGUAGUCGGUGGUGACCCAGCACCCGAAAAAUAUCUGCCACCCUUUCCCUGAUAUUGAUGGUAAUUGUUUCUGGAUGAUAAAUUAUUGAAAGUUGUAGGAGCUAAUUAUUCAGAUUUAAGUUAAAUCAAGGAAUUUACUUGAAGUAUAUGAUGCUUUGUUUUAUCUUUUUGAGCUGUAUGGUUCAUAGUCACUUCAAUUGAAUAAAAAAGUACACUUGCUUUGAAUGAAUCUUUGGUGUGAGUACAUUAUUAGAUGAACAAAUAAUGUAGCUGUUUUAUUUUCAAUCUUCCUUUUCUUUCCGCGUUGAAGUCUGACUAUAUAGUUAUUUGUGAAUUCAAAUACUUAAUCUUUGAAUUUUUUUGUUCACUUUCUUGUAUUCUUUUGACCCCAAUGUAUUGAUGAUUAAUAAUUUAUUCAUUUCUUGAUAUGGAUUUGGAUCUCAAACAGUAUGCUGACAAGUAUUACAAUGUUUCAAUUGAGGAGAUUCAGAAAAUUAGAGUUCAGAAUUAUAGUAAUGUGUGGUUUGAUGCAACAAUCAGAUCUCUUCAUGAGAGGAGGGAGUGGGAAAAUUUUUUUGGCAGACGUGCUCUCCGCACACAACCCCUUGCUCAUAUAUUGUCAGUAGCUUUCAAACCAAAAGAUGAAAGUAGGAAUAAGCCGCAUGCUAUGUAUGGUUACAUCUGUGUUGAGUAUUUUGAUUCGAAAAAUAAUGUGGUGUCUGAGUUGUAUAAAAGAGAGAGGAGUGAAGCUGAGAUUUUAGGAAGUGACGGGUUGUUGACAUUAAAGGGUCCUGAUUACUCAUUUUGGCCAAAUUAUGCAUGUAUGCCAUUGAUAAAAAAUAAAAUAACUCUGAAGUUAUUUGAUGAGACCGGCAACAUUAUUGCAAGAUCUUUCUUUUUGGAUGAAACAAAUACUGAAGAUGAUUAUGAACAAGUUAAGUCUAUGUCCAUUGAUUGCGAGCAAGGGUCUAUUAUUGUUAAGUACAUUUGUAUUCCAUUUGGAGUUCAUUGUAGAAUAGAAAUUAAAGUUUGUAGUAGUCAAGGUAAACAACAUGAUGGUUUGAAUGUAAAUGGAAGGAUUGUUGCUCGUUAUGCCAAUACAUAUGGGAAUUAUUCUUCUGAAGAUUGUGUUCUGUUUGAGAAGCAUGACUUCCCUGUUGAGAUCAACACUGCCAAACGGUUUCCACUUUCUAGAUGUUGGGUGUCAUUACCAGCUUAUUCUUCUCUUGUUCUUCUCUUGUUGUGGUCCUUAAUUUGUAUGAAUUUAAAACAAUGUGAUAUAUUGUUGAUCAAUCAGUGGAGUUGUCGGCUAAAGAUGGGAGAAUGACAUCAAGUUCCAUCUUGCUGGAUGAUUUAGCUAUUCAUGUUCAUGUCGCAUGGUUCUCGCAUGAUGUGGUUGGACAACGGAUUGACUCUAAGAUUGUAUUCCCAUCUAGCUUUGAACUCUCAUGGAAUCUUCGUGCUCAUCAGAGUAAGCCAUGGGCAUCUCUGGUGGAAGAAGUUUUGGUUCAAUUGAGGUUUUAUCAAAUGAUGAUGACAAGAUUUGUUAUAUCUUUAACAGAGAUAAAAAAAAUGCCUUGAUAUUAUCUGAAAAUGAGAAAUCAUUACCUGUAUCAGAUGGUUCUAGAGUUUUUGAUGAUUGUAGUUUAUUACAAAUGAAGUUUAGCAUAAAGGAUACUGAAGACCGUUUAGCUAUUCGAGGCUUAGUGGAUUGGGCAGCUUCUGUACUUCACUUCUUUGUGGUAUGAAAAGCAAUUGUGUUCUCUUAUUCCGGGUCAACAGGGAGGAUUUGCAGCAAUACACUAUUCAAUCUUCUCAGAAGCUGUUGGUGCAAACAUUAAGGUGUUUCUAAAUCCUAAAACAGGAUGUGGUGAUGUUUGUCCUAAGAUUUGGGGUAGCCUUAUUGCUCAAUAUAGUUGCUAUGACUAUACAUCGCGCUUUAACAAAGACUACUACCGGAUUGUGUUAUUCGAGAAGAUUCGGGAUGAUCUAAUUCAAGUAAGUGAUGAUUCGAGAAUACCACUUUCAAGAUCCAUGAUUGUUGUUCCAUCAUAUGCCUCUCUUAUUGUCAACGUAGAUAUAUUAUUUGGCAAAUCUGAUGAAAACUUUUCAUGUGCUACAAAAAUUGAAAUUGGUGAAGGUUUCAAGAUUGUAGAGACAAAUAGUUAUCUUCUUCGUAUUGAGGUCGAUUGGUGUGAGAUUAAAUGAUAUUUAUUGUAUUAUUUAGGAAUUCUUUUGGUCAUUAAUCUUAGAGUAGAGAUUUGGCUAGUGAUGUUAUGUUAAAGUAUUACUUGGGAACUUUUUGGUCUUUGCCUUACUCUUCAUAGAGUAAAGGUUUCCCAAGUGAUAUUAUAGUAUUGUUCAGUAUUAUCUAGGAACUCUUGUGGCGUUUGCCUUACUCUUAGCUAUUAUGUUCUUAUAUCUAUACUAUAUAAAAAGAGAAUUGAUGGUUUGCUAUUAAAGGGUAGUUGUACAGUACAAAGAUAUUGCACAAUUCCAUUUA